AUGACGGAUGCAACGCUUCUGGUUGACAGUCAUGAAAUCUCCCUGGUGACCAAAGAUGGCCCUUCUUCACUCAUUCUCACAAUGUCAGCUUUGUUGACCACCUUCUACCUCUUGUCAUUCGGAUGGAGUCAAAUAUUCGGGUUCAAAGUGCCCGUCUUUGGCGUGAAGUCCCUGUGGGAACCCAUUGUGGUCUCUAACUUCCGGUUUUUUCUUCGGGCAGAGGAAAUUUUGACGCAAGGAUACAAUGCUUGCAAGGACACCAUGUUUCAAUUCCGCCGUGCCGACACGGAUAUGCUGGUCUUACCUCCAAAAUAUGUUGAUGAUAUUCGCAAAUUACCCAACCAUGUGGCGAGCCCUACCGUGGCUCAUGUUCAUAACUUGAUGGGAUCGUCGACCAACAUGCAUAUCAUUCUUCGUAAUAAUCUGCAUUUCCGCACGCUGCAGCUCAAAUUGACCCCGCACCUCAACGCUCUCACCCGUCCAAUGCAGGAAGAGGUGAAUUUUGCGAUGGAGCAGGAGCUGACAAAAUCUGAAGAUGAGUGGGUUACCAUAAAACCCUACCAUACACUCCUGGACUUCGUUGCUCGGGUCAGUGCGAGAAUAUUCCUCGGAAAACCGCUCUGUCGGAAUCCAGAGUGGCUAGAAGUUUCGACGCAAUUUACGGAGAAUGUCUUCGUAUCGCUGGUCUUUCUUCGCCUGUUGCCCAUGUGGACUCAUGGGAUUGCGAACUGGUUCAUGCCGUCUUCCUACAAGGGCACCGCGUAUGUUCGAAAGGCCAAGAAACUCCUUGUUCCUGAAAUCCUCCGCCGCCGAGAGAACGAAGCGAAUGGAAUCGAGGAGGAAGAGGAAAGCAAAUUGAACCUGCUAUCAUGGAUGAUGGAGAUCGCCACGGCAGAGGAAAGUGACCCGGCGUCUCUGGCACACUUGGAAGUUGUGAUGUCAUUGGCAUCCAUCCACACCUCCCAGAUGAAUGCCGUUCAUGUCUUGUACGAUCUUCUGGCACACCCCGAAUAUCUCGAGCCAAUUCGCAAAGAGAUCCGGGACGUGGCCAAAGAAUUGGGUCCAUGGAUGACCUGGGAGAAGCCCGCCUUCUCUAAGCUUCGUAAACUGGAUUCAUUUAUGCGUGAAUCUCAGCGGUUCAAUCCUCCCACUCUUCUCUCCAUGCAUCGCGUUCUCCUUCAAACGGCGGAACUUUCGGACGGGACUAUCUUGCCCAAAGGGGCCCAUAUCAGCAUGGCCGUGAACGCUAUUCAAAAUGACCCCGAGGUGACCCCCGAGCCAAAGGUUUUUGACGGGUUUCGUUACUACAAACUCCGGCAGCGUGAAGGUGAGGCACAUCUUCAUCAGUUCUCGACCACGCAAGAUCGGAUUCUCAAUUUCGGCCACGGUCCCAACUCUUGCCCCGGUCGCUUUUUUGCGAGUCUGGAGAUCAAGAUCAUCUUGGUCCGUCUGCUGAUGGAUUUUGAAUUCAAAUUCAAACACGGAAACAAAAGACCGGAAAAUCUGCGGGCGCAUGAAUUCAUUUUUCCAAAUCCUGAUGCGGAAAUCUUGAUGCGUCGCCGUCCUGCUUCGGAGCGACUGGAGAUUUGA